AAAAUUGUGUGGACUGAUAAUGUGUUUUGUAUCGAUUUGAUUCCCGUAAAUUUUGUGUCACGUGGGCAGACAGAGGUUUGUGUGUACAGACAUAUGCUACCUGAACAAAAUAUUUUUGUUUACAGAAUAUAAAUGCAGAUUUUGGUGUUCGUGCCACAACUUUUGAAGAAUACUGUACUUUACCCACACAGUUUCAUCUCUUUAAGUAGUUCAUGUGUUGCUUCUUAUUCCCUGUAGAUAGCACAAGUCAACAAUGAUCUGUUAUGGCUGCCAUGAAGGCUACCUGAUGUAUUGCGUAGGAUUUUUCAAGAAUGCCAAUCCAGGCGCCACAGUGGACUGAGUUCCUGUCGUGCCCUGUGUGUUGCAAUGAAUUUGAUCCCACCCUGCGGAGUCCUAUCAGCUUAGGGUGCGGACAUACAGUAUGCAAGACAUGCCUCUCAAAUUUGCACAGGAAACAGUGCCCGUUUGACCAGACAAGCAUAAAUACAGACAUAGAAAACCUUCCAAUCAACUUUGCGUUACUGCAGUUGGUAGGAGCAAGUGUCCCUGAGACUGAAGGAAGUGGAAAUAUAAAGCAUCUCACAAAAGAAGAUUUGAAGAAUUAUUUGCAAGCAAAGAAAUGCAUCGAAGAACUGGCUUUGUAUUUGAAACCAUUUUCUUCAGGCAAUGGGACUGGUGGCACCAGUGUUCUCUCCAGGCCGAUGCAACGCAAGUUGGUAACAUUAAUCAACUGCCAGUUGAUGGAGGAGGAGGGACGCUCCAGAGCAAUGCGAGCAGCACGAUCCCUUGGGGAGCGAACCGUGACGGAACUCAUUCUUCAGCAUCAGAAUCCUCAGCAACUGUCGGCCAACCUGUGGGCAGCUGUUCGUGCCAGAGGGUGCCAGUUUCUAGGACCAGCGAUGCAAGAAGAGGUUCUGAAAUUGGUUUUGCUGGCUUUAGAAGAUGGGUCCGCCCUGUCUCGGAAGGUUCUGGUCAUGUUUGUAGUCCAGAGAUUGGAACCACAUUUUCCACAAGCCUCUAAAACCAGCAUUGGUCAUGUUGUUCAACUUCUGUACAGAGCAUCAUGUUUUAAGGUUUCAAAGAGAGAAGGUGAUUCAUCUUUGAUGCAAUUGAAGGAAGAAUUCCGUACUUACGAAGCUUUGCGGCGGGAACACGAUGCACAGAUUGUGCAGAUUGCAACUGAAGCAGGGCUUCGAAUUGCUCCAGACCAAUGGUCAGCUCUGCUGUAUGGUGACACGGCUCAUAAGUCACAUAUGCAAAGCAUCAUUGAUAAACUGCAGACACCGCAGUCAUUUGCGCAGUCAGUUCAGGAGCUUGUGAUUGCUCUACAAAGAACAGGGGAUCCUGGAAACCUGUCAGUACUCAGACUGCACCUCGAACUUCUGGCUGCAAUUGAUCCUAGUCCAGAGUCGAGCCCACCGACAUGGUGCGAGUGCUGCAGAGCUCUAGGGGCAGUUAGAAUUGUGGUCACUGGACUUGUUGAGUUUAUCCAGAAUCAUGGUAGCCGCAAAUUACAAGAACCUGGGCAUGCACACAAUGCCAAGUACAAGAUCAGUAUGUGUCGAGACCUUACACUGAAAGGGAGCUGCCCACGUGGGACCAAUUGCACCUUUGCACACUCUGAGGAAGAACUGGAAAAGUAUAGAGCAAAGAACAGGAAGGCAGUUGCAAGAAAUAGUAGCGGAGUGAACAAGAGUCAAGAGACGGGGAACAAGGAGGGACAAACUGGCGAGUUUCUCAGCAAUGACAAAGUCUUUGUUCAGACCGAUGAUUUGUUGUAUUCUACCACUACCCCAACUAUCACUCCAUCUCCAUUUGACAGUUCUGUGUUAAGAGAAGGGUACUUGGCUGCUACCCCAUCCUUGCAAGUUCCUCCACCGGUACCAACAGCUGCUGUUCGACCGCCUACUGGAGGUUUUGAGUAUGGAACCUACACUACUGCCUAUCCUGCAGGUGCAAAUCAACCAGCAUCCACAUACCAACCUUCUCAACAACAGAUGUUUGCCCCUACGCCAGGGACAUUUACACCAGAUAUCUAUAGUGCUGCUCCACACAACAUGCUGUUGACUUCUGGUGGACAGAUGUACCCAGCACUGUCUCAAUCUGACUAUGGUUCACCUGUGUCACCAGCAGAGCACCGACCAAGAGAAACUGCUCGCACUGGAAAUGCGUGGGAACAGAGUAGUCCAGGCAGUCAGCAGAACUGGCUCCACACACAGGUUGCUGGAACUUCUGUGGCUAAGAGGGUAGUAUCCAAGAGUCUAGCAGCAUUGCAGCAAAGGAAACAGGAGAUCAUCUCUCAGUUGGAAAAGGUUGUUGGGAAGUCUGCUGCAUCAGCCAUUUCCAGCUCAGCGACUUCACAGGCCAGAGUUACCUCAGCAUUCCCAUGUACAGAAAAUCAGGCGAACACGGCAACAUAUUCUAUUUGGACAUCAGGAGGAAUUCUGCACACAGGACGAGGAGGAAAUUCUCAAGUGAGUCACAUUGCGGCUGCAGGACAUCCAGCAGCUUUAUACAGAUCUGACUCAAUCAUGGCGGAUGAUGAGUUCAUCCCAUUUGAUCCACCAAUUGUCAGCAAAUAUGGUCCAAUUUCACGGAUGUCUAAAACUAUCCUGAGACCUAACAGUUCUGUUCAAGUAUCAGCUUCGUUUGGAGAUGGAACAAUCUCCACUCCCAUGGUGAGACGUCCAGUGCCUGCUGCUAGUCCUGUUGCAUCCUGGUACUUCAAUGCUGCUCAGGCUGCAAUAGCAAGUGGACGACAUGUCAUAGGCCCUACCUCAGCUGGUCUAGGUGAUGGCUACAUUACCAUUGGCCAUGGAAUCUUGGACCCUCCCCAGCUGUUCAUCCAGAAUAAGACUGCAGACUGCUCCACUAAAGAUUUGCUGGUGUUGGCUGACACCCAGAAAGUAGGCCUAAAGCAACAGCUACGCAAUCUUGAAAAGCAGUUGAAUGAUUUGAAGCUGGCUACCCAGACUCCAUGUGGAGCUCUCAGUGAGGGUGAAAAACUGACUCAUGAGUUACAACUCAUUGAACAAGGGAUUCGAGAAAAGGAAAAAGAACUGAGAUUGAAUCAUCUGGCUUCAACAUCAAUCACUGCUGUUGGCUGGAAUAAAGAUGGCACAUUGAACUGGGGCCUCAAAUCAAAUGGAGAUUAUAGGAGUGAUGAAGAAGAUACAUAUGAGGCAGGAAUUGCUAAUGAUAUGCGUGAAUUAGAGAUGCGAUUAGAGUACGAGUUGGAGGAGCAAGAGAAGCGGUGGUCCAGCGAAGAAGAAUCAGGCAAGAAAUAGGCUUAGCAAAUAUACUCUGUCUGAUGAGACACAUUUUAUUAUCAACCCAAUGGGUUCAGAAUAUUAUACCAGGAUAUCCUGAAAGCAAACUGGAUGGAGAAGCUGUUGUCUAGUUCCAUAUAUGCAUAUUGCUCUCGUUAUCACUGUAUCAGUACAUUCAAGUUGAAAUAGAUUAGGUAAUGUUCAGUAGUUCAUCCUACAAGUGAGACAUUAAGUACAGGCUAUAAAAUACUUCACUUUAAGUGUGAAUGGAAUAAAUUAAUUUUGCAUUUUAUAACAGUAUUGAAUUGUACUGUCUACUUGACAUGCAUUUGUGAUCUGUAUCUUGACAAGUUUAAAACAGCCUUCUGAUAGCCUAGUUAAAUUGAAGAACAAAAUUUUUAAAAUAAUCAAUCAGUGAAAUUGGUUUUCUGUAUAAUCACAUUCGUUCAUAAAACAUUGUAUAUAAAUAUUGUACAUUGUUUGCAGAUUGGGGCUGUGGGGAAAAAAUAUAUGUAUAUAUCUAAACAAGCAACUUAAAAUUAAUAUUGUAAUACAGUGAAACACAUUAUGUAACUGCCUGUGAUGUUGCAAGGCGAUACUUUCAUGGUUUUGUUGUCAUACUUUUUAACAGCAUUCCAUUUUUAUCAAUUUCAAGAAAGAAGUAUAAAGACUGAAUUAAUUACAGAAUAAAACCAUGUACAGGGGCCAGUAUAAUCAGAGUGGGACAUUUAGAAAAAACAGAUUUAUUCUAAAAAUAUCAAAACUUUCAUAUUUGUUUUGGAAUUCUCUUCUGUGUACUCUGUUCAGGCUCUAUAUUAAAAAUCUGUAAUGUGCGGUUGGUUCACUAGUCAUUUGAGAUUCCCUCCCCCCAUUUGAAUAUAAUUAAGACUGGAAAAGAUAUUGAUAAUUUUUAUAAAGUUGAAGCUGUGCAUAGAACAAAAGGUAGCUCUAAUUUAAAAAGUAUACCUUCUGAAGAAGUUGCCUUUUUUUGUCGUAUUUGAAAAGGUAGUAUUUGAUUGUCACUAAUUAAUUUACAAAAUAUUUUAUAAUAUUGCCAUGUUUCCAUGAAGACUGAAUGUGAGAGUGUUUAUAUUCAGCUUUCUGUAAAGUACAGAACUGUUUUGGUUUGCAGGCAUAACAAAACCUGAGUUUUACUGUCAGAAAUUAAAUAAUUAUUCAGAAGAAACUGUCGCAUUGUCCCGUCUUUACUUGGAAGACUUGAUUGAUUUUCAUCGCUGAACUUAUAAUGAGUUAAUUUCUCGUUUCUUCCAGACUUUGUUCUGGGUUCCUGAUGUGACAAUAAACAGUACUGUUCACACUGCAGAGAACCAGGAUGGCUUCUACUGUGGUUAUCACAUGUCUUGUUACUUUUGUUUUAACAGUAGUUUCCAUAAAUUGUUUCACUGUACUGUAGUCUUGUGGCUUGUGAUGCUUAAUUUUGUUUAUAACAAAUCUGACAUGUACCAAAAGAUCUUAGGUUAAAAUCCUAUGUAUUGUAUAAUCUUCCAGUUUUAGUGGGAGGAUAUUUAUGUGGGGCUGCGCUAGGUUCAGUAUUAAGGAGACGACAUUUGUACAUAGUUUACGAUAUAUAUACAUACCUACACAAGUAAUAGAACUUUAAAUUAUUUGUGACUUCAAAAUAUUGAAGAGGGCUCCUAUUUAUAGCACGCUUCAUUUUGGGUGGUUUAUUUUAUAUCAUGGUGGGUGGUUGAAUAUAUUUUGUUCGACUUGGGGUGGAAUAGUGUGCAUUACAUUGUGUGCAUUUGUUUAAAAAUGCAAUCUUGUGAUUGCCAGUACUGAUACCACAUUUAACCCUCGUUUAUGGGACAUACAUUACUAGAUCUAUGAUCUAUUUGCCAGUGUUCUUUGUUUCUGUAUGACUUCAACAGUUUCUUCCCUGUCAUAUUUGUUGAGAUUUAUGCCUUUAUUUGACUUGUUAUUUUUUGUGUUGAUUGUUGCUAAAGUUUACUGAAGUUGGUGCAUCAUGACCACCAUAUUCUUGGUGAAUAUACUGUUUCAGUUGCGCACAUGCAUAAGGUGCUUCUUUAUAUGUUGGGGAUGCAGUGUUUUGUUACUUGCACAGAGCUCUGCAUCACUCCAGUUUCCAGUAAAUAUGUGUGAUACUUGUUUUAAUGGUAUUUCUUUUCAUUGCUCAGAUAUGUUUGACAUUUGACAUUUGUUGACUGCUGCUUUUAGAUGACAGUUAACUUUAGCUAUAUUGUACAGACGGUCCAAGUGUGGGUGAAUCACUUACCAGCACUGUAGUUGUAGCUGAAUACUUGCAUGUUAAACAUGUUCUUUGUGCAGAGAUUGUUCUUUUGCUAGGAACUUACUGAAGUACAUAUAUCUACAUCUGUUAUACAGUAAUGAUAUGUAUAGCCUAGUGUGGGUCUCCUUUUUGGGGGGUCAGAAAUUAUAUAUGGUUGACUGGGAGAUGUCUGAGUAGAAGAAUGAAUGGCUUAUUAUCACAGUAAUUAUGUAUGAUUGACUGCAUGACUGAGUGGAAAAGUGAAUGACUUAAUGUCACAGUUUUUAUAACAUAUUGCCAGCUGCUGCGUGCAUAAUUCCGUUAAGGUUCUGCACUUAAAUACCAAACGGACAACUGCAAGAGGUGGUACAUCAUGAUAGGACAGCUGUAAUUGCAUAGCAGUGUACAUUGUAUUGCUGUCUGUUAUGCUUUCAGCAAACAUGCUGCUUAUGAAUAGUACAUGAGCCUGUUGGCCUCUGCUGUCAUUUGCUACAUGGACACAGGAACUCCAUGAAGUAAUUUAAUCAGUACUGAAAACAGCCAGCAUGUUUCAAUCACAGUCUGAAAGUGACAGUUGAUUACACUUACUGAUGAUGGCUUCUAGCCUAGUUGUAUUUCCAAACUAUACAUUUAAACGUGGUUUUGCAAAACUGUCCCCCCCCCAAAUUGAACUGACAAGGUGACAACAGACAUUCACACUGAAUAGCAACCCUGACACAUAAAGUACUGAGAAAGUAGUUUUCACAGACAAAGACCUUUAUAUGAGAGAUCUGAGGUUCUCUCAGUGAUGACUUAAGGUUAUUAUCUCCCAGGGUGAGACACCGUGUAUUCUGGUAGAUAGUAAUCAGCAUGUUGGAGGAACCUGCUGGCUCACUCGUCAUGAUAGAAGAGUAGGUUGCACAUGAAAACAGGCGAUGUAAUGGCAAGAUGGGCCUGAGCACAGGGCUGUUGUCCUUCCUCCCCCUACAUUCAUACCACUUGGUUUGCACUUGGUUCAUUCUUCUGCCAUGACGAUGGAGGCAGCAGGUGAAUUCAGAAUAUUGAUAAUGAUCUCCUAGACUACGUGGUAUCACAUUCCAGAGGACACUAGUCUUCAAGGACAUUAUUAGAUUGACCAAAUACAUGAUACCUGUUGAUACACAAAUAAUAUUUUUCUUUAAAUGUGAGAUGUGGCCAUAUUUUAUUAAAGUAUAUUUUACUGUAAGUAAAUUGGUCCAUUAGGGUUACAAACCAGAGUGCAGGACUUCAUAUGUUGUGAUGGUUGAAGUACUGACUUUCAAACACUGAUUCACCUUUUUAUGGAAUGUCAGUAAGUUACUGAGGUGAGCUUGUUUCUUUACAGAAAUCAAAUCUGGUCUGUAGCUGUGUUUUGUAGUGUUUAUACAGUACUGUAUUUGCUUAAAGGCUGCACCAGCUUGAAAACAGUGAAUACAUGUUGUAUGAACAUUUUUCAGAUCUCUGCCAAUAUCAUCUCUUUUAUUCAGAAGUUGGCUUGGCAGAGCAAAAGACUUAGUGACAGGCAAAAUUUUAAACAGAUAUGACUGUUCUGAAACUCCAUACUUGUACAGGCAUGCUUGUUUUAAAAGCAUCAGCCUUUGUACUGAUGCUAGUGGCCGAUUUCAUGCUUCCAGAGCAACUAAAUGAUGUGAAGUCUUUCCUGGCACUUAGCUGUGUCAGCAUGGGUUGGAUUUCCAUCAUCUGUGAUGCAUGUUGGAGAGUGCUGCUGUUUUCAGAACAGUGGUCCAUUCCAUCUUGACAUGCCAAGGUAUUGCAUUGGCUUUCAGAAAAAAAAAGUUUUGUAUCAUUGAAAUGUGAUGAAUGCUCAAUAUUUGAUCCAUUUUCCAGGUGAAAAAGAAAUAGGUUUUGUAGUGUAAGUAAUGAAAAAUGGUACUGUAAGUACUGUUACUGUCAAAAUUUGUAAAAAAGUCAGCUGUUUUCAAACCAAUUCAAAAUUAAAACUGUCACAUGCUUUGGAAAAAGAUUGUAUCGGUAGUGUCUUUUACUCUCCAAUAUUCCUGCAAAGUUUGUAAAAGAGUAUGAGUAGGUGGAGUAAUUUAAGCGGUGACAGUACGUGUGUAGUGGCAGAAAAGAAUGUGUUGCUCACACUGGAAGCCCAUUCUUGGUGACUUGUGGGCGUGGCUAUUUCAUUUCAUUUUCAUUAGUACAAAUUACAAAGCAAUAAUAUUAUGAAGUUCUGAAACCUGGCAACAGUGGACUUGGUUUCUCAGUUUUUGUGUGAAACUGUUCCUGUGCUUUAUCAAAUGACAAUGUUGGUACUUCAGCACUUUGCAGUUUGGUGCUAUUUUAUUUUGAAAUGGUAUUCAUAUUAUUGCAUUUAGGUUGUAAGUACUGUUUUCAUUUUGAAAGUGCUUAAUGUAAUACACCAAUGAAAAAGUCAGAAUGUUUUUACUUAAGAAGCAUGGCAGAUAUCAGAAAGAAUUUGAUUUUCAAAUGGUUUGUUAUGCUGUGUAUGUAUGUAUGUACAAGCCCAUAGGUAGGCCAUUGAUGCCUAUGGACAACUUAUGUGGUCCUCCAUUUGGCUUUGCUAUUAAAAUCUGUUUUUGUAGCAUAUAAAAAAUGAAGUUGAUUUAUUUUCUUUCUGUCAUUAGAAGAAGAUCUUGAUAAUAUGUGGCCCCUUAGCUAGGUGUUAUGUUGGGACUCUUGAAGAACCAUCCUGACAAGGUUCUUAAUAUUUUCAGCAGGUUUUAUAUUUAAUGUUAUAUAAGAAAGCUAAAACGUUUUGUAGGUGAGGUAAAAGAGAUACAGAUGCAUUCUAUAUAUAUAAAUCACUGUGGUCAUUGCAGUGUGCCGUGACAAUGCAAAACAAAUCAGAACACUUCUAGAAUUUUCUGUUGUAUGUACAAGGAAAAAUAUAAGUGUUGAAGUCGUCACAUUGUUCACAUGGUGGUUUUCUGGGGUGUGGCACCAUGUAUGCUGGCUACAAGGGUACACAGUGUCAUAAGACAGAAAGAAAGAAAGAAAUUAUAUCAAAACUAUGUUGUUUGCAUGCAAUCUUUUCUUUUGGUAGGGACAGGAAUGUGCAGGAAGCUGUCUUCUAGAAGUCUAGAAUAUGAAUGCUGCUGAUUGGUGCUUCUUGAUGUCAUCCAUUAUGUGUGGCAUAUUUUAAAGUUUCCUUGAUUUUCGCAUCAUGCCUAAACAUUAAAUCUUGCUGUUGCACAUAGUUUGCAUUCAGCUCUUUUCCUUGCAUUUUAUGUAACCGAAACUGCUGGCAGCAUAUUAAAAAGGGGUUGAUUGAAGUUUGGAAUAACUAUUGUACGAUAAGAUAAAUAUUAUGUUUUAUCUAUCACAGUAAUAAAAUUAAUUAUUCUUUCACA